CUGCUUUGCCAUGCAGAGGUCUGGCAACUGCUGGGCUGCUGUGGCACAUGGCUCUGCUCCCUCUCAGACCUCUCUCCAUCUCCUUUCCAGUAACAUCACCAUGAUGUACGUGGUGAUUGGAGCCACCCAGUUGUCUCAGCCGGGCCCUGGGGCCGUAGUGCGCAAUGUCAAGCAGGUGGUGAUACACCAGUACUACAGUCCUGUUGACUACAGCUACGACAUCGCCCUGUUACAAUUGGACUACCCUGUCCUGUGCAGCCCCUACAUCCAGCUGGCCUGUGUGGCUGACCCCGCCCUAAGGGUCUCAGACCUCUACAACUGCUGGAUUGCUGGCUGGGGUGACACCACUGCAAGAUCUCAAGAGGCACCUGAUCGCCUGCAGGAGGCCAAGGUCCAGCUCAUCGAUGUCCAGCUCUGCAACAGCAGUGGCUGGUACGCAGGGGCAGUGCACACCCACAACUUGUGUGCUGGUUACCCGCAGGGCCUCAUCGACACCUGCCAGGUGAAGGCAAGUGUACCUUGA